AGCAAAAUAUAGGGUUGGUUUGGGAUAUAUUAUAUAAUUUAUCUUUUUAUUUUUUUAUUUUUUUUCUAUCCUAUUAUCUUUUUAUUUUUUUAUAUAUCUUUUUGUAAAAAGAUAAAAAAUAUAUUUUUUUUAAGACAUACCAAACCAAUCUACAGUGACAAGCAUGGAGAUGAAGGUUGAGAUAGUAGCUAGAGAAAUCAUCAAGCCAUCUUCUCCCACUCCCAAUCAAUUUAGAAUUUACAAGCUCUGUUCUAGGGAUCAAUUCUCUCCCCAUCAUUACAUCCCAGUUGUUUUCUUCUAUGUCAACUCUACUUGUGAUGUGAAUCACGAAGAGAUGGUUAGCAUAAGAUCCCAUCGCUUAAAGGAAACUCUCUCUGAAACCCUCACUCGCUUCUACCCACUUGCCGGAAGACUGAGAGACAAUCUCUUUAUCGAUUGUAACGACGAGGGUGUUGAUUAUUUGGAAGCUCGAGUCACCGACUGUCGUCUCUCAGACAUUCUUGAACAACCCAAAGUCGAAGAAAUGUACCGUUUAUUUGAACCCGACCCCGAAGACUUCAACAACAACCCUCUGUUAUUCGUUCAACUUAACUUAUUUCCAUGCGGCGGAAUGGCACUUUCUGUGCGUAUGUCUCACAAGAUCGCCGAUGGAGUCGCGUAUGCCGCCUUCGUGAAGGCCUGGUCCGACAUCGCCCUCGGGUCGUCUGAGACUAUUGUCCCAGAUUUCAUUGCUGCCUCGUCUCGCUUCCCACCGAGAGAGGACUGCCCGGUGUUGUCAAUGACAUUCAUGCAGAUGACCAAGAAGAAUGUCACAAAAAGGUUUGUGAUCAACGCAUCGCAAGUUGCUACCCUCAAGGCCAAAGCGACCAGCACGGGCGUGCAGCAACCUACCCGCGUCGAGGCUGUCACUGCGGCCCUCUUGAAAUGCGCUGUGACUGCCUCCCGAUCAUAUGCCCUUCGACUUGAAACUUCAGUUUCAAGUCCAAAGGCAUAUGCGUUGACAGGGGCUGUCAACAUGCGCACAAGGCUUGAACCACCCUUACCAGAAUAUUCUUUUGGAAAUCUAACUGGAUUGUUGUGGGCAAUGAUCGAAGAUGAUGGUGCGGAAACAAACUUGCCAGGCUUGGUUUGUCAGCUGAGGAAAGGGCUUCAACAGUCCACAGAUAACAAUUUCAUCGCUGAAAAGACAAAACUGUUGAGACUCGAGGGAGACGCUGUGAAGGUGUAUCGCCAUAGCAGUUGGUGUAGGUUUGGUCUAUACGAACUUGAUUUCGGGUGGGGGAAGCCAACAUAUACGACUGGUGUUUUAUUUGGUAACCCAAUUGGAAUUGGAUUGAUGGACACAAGAGAUGGUGACGGAAUAGAAGUGUGGAUGACUUUGUUGAAAGAAGACAUGGCCUUGUUUGAAAGUGACCAGGAGUUGCUAGCUUUUGCCUCGCCGAACCCAAGUGCACUCGAAAAUUGAUCAACUAAUAUUAAUAAUAAUUAUAGUGUUAUGAUGAUGAAAGUUAUGAAGAAUAAAGUCUUGUAAGUUGUUGAAUCAUGCAUAUGUGCUGCACCUUUUGGUGCUGGAAGUGUCUGAUUCCUUUCUUCGAAGACUCCAUUGUUGUUUGGUAUUUGCUUGGUUACCAAGUUGGUCUAGGUGGGAGAUUAGUCCUUUGUGGAUGAUUGUAAGACAUUAAUGUUAGAUUUAUUUUCUGUUUGGUCCAAUGGUUUAUAUAUCUUUUACAUGUUUUAUUUUA